CUGAAACAUAAGCUGGCUGAGGCUGAUCAGGGGGCGGAAUUCUUUCGGACAAUGCGAUGAGAACCAGAGGCCGAUUAACGUGAUCAAGGAAACUAGUAGUGGUAUUAGGUCAGUAAGGAACAUUAUUCUUGACGAUGAAAAAGGGCAUUAAGCCAUUCAACACUUUUUUUUUUCGAACACAAGCAAUUGCUGUUGUCAUUCCUAUCAGCCUACCUCUAUCAGAACCUGCCAUAAUACGAGCACAGACAACACUCAAGACCUUGCGAGGAUUCACAAGAUACAGACGACUAAAUCCCCGUGUCCGUAAUCAUGGCCUUAUAUCGCACAGCUGGUAAGCUCUCCACCGUUAUGGGACAAGCAAAGUAUCACGCCGCUGCAGAAGGAGGGGGGAUCAUUCUUGAGAUACCAGCUUGUGCUGUAACUGCGGACGAGCUAAAACAGGAGCUUCAGAGGCGACUCCAAACAUCGCAGUACACGAUCCAGCUGAAACGAGACCGAUACUCGGUCACACUGCCACUCCAUGGGAAGCAAGAUGUACUCAACACCCUCUAGUGAUGACAACAGUUCCGGCUGUCAGAGCUUGAAGCAACAUUAGGCCCUCUCGCAUUGCACCGCUUCGUUUCUUGCCACAAACGCUGGAGCGCUUUCUUUUCGUUUAAAGCAUAUUCCUGGAGUUGCGGUUAUCAUUAAAUAUCACCGGAGUUGUCCUCUUGUAUGGGUAUCCUAUACCGGAACUGCAUAUAUCUCGCUUUAGUUCACAGAUCUAGAUGCUGAGGUUAGGAAGACAGGUCUGAUAUAUCGGAGAAAUAUGGUGAUGAUGACGUGCCGUAAGGAAGUUGUCACUGAUUGAUAGUGAGGUGAACUAGAAAACCAGUUAUGGCUUUUGGUUUGAAGGCCUCUCAUUCUGUUAGCAUUAUGACAGCGGUACAAGCGAGAUGAAAAUCGACGCCAACAGCACACAUAUGUAGCUUAAGAUGUCCUCCACUUUUCGCUCAUCAUGUCCGGCCGCAUAUAUUCUCGAGUG